AUAAUCUAAUCUCCAUGUCUUCCAAUUAAUAUCUGUUUUACUUUUCUCUGUUUCUCCUACUUUUCAGUUGUUCUGCUCUCCCUACCUCGACCACUGGUGCCAUGGCGGACUUGAUUGUUGUUCCAAUGAUGUACAGGAUCAUCGGCAAUUGCUCUGAUUACCUGGAAGAGCAAGUCGGAUGGCAGACGGGCAUGAAGAAGGAGCUGGAAAGGCUGCGGGAGAACCACCCCAAGAUCCAAGCUGUCGUCUAUGCUGCUAACCGAGCACAAAUCAGCGAUCAUAACCCCGAUCUCAAAAAAUGGAUAUGUCAGCUGCGAGAUGCUAUUGAUGAGGCAGAUGAUGUGCUCGAUCAGUUGAAGUACAUGAAUCAAGAAUAUAUUCAUAAAGAAACAAAGAAAAGAAAGUUCCUGCCGAGCUUCCUAUUUGAAAUUCCUCGUAAAAUUUUCAAAAUUGGCGAACGUGCUCUCAAAAUCGAUCCCAACUUGAAGCGACUGGAGGAGGCUGUGCAGAAACUUGAUCGAGUUUCGGCUGAUGUUACUACUUUCCUUCAUCUUUUAGACAGGGCGAAGCAGGAACAGAAGGAUCAGGAGUUUGAUUUCUACAAAACACGCGAAACAGGAUAUUUGCCUAAAAAUGGUCUCAUCGGGCGGCGCAGGGAGAAGGAGUUUGUUAUGGAGUGGCUGAGGAAUCCAUCAAAUGAGCAUCGGGGAACUGAUUUGUAUAGAAACAUUUCUCUUCUAUCUAUAGUGGGCCAUGGUGGUAUGGGGAAGACAACUCUCUUGCAACAUGUUUAUAAAGAUGAAAUUACGAAGGAAUUUGAUCUUAAAAUGUGGGUUUGUGUUUCCAACAACUUUGAUGUGAAAAAAGUCAUUGCAGAUAUGUUGGAAUGUCUUAAGAAUGAGAGGCCUCGUUUGGAGACACUUGUGUCACUUCAAAGGCGUGUCGAGGAGGAGGUGAUGUCCAAGAAGUUCUUACUUGUGCUGGAUGACAUUUGGGAGGAGGAUGAGGAGGAGGAUAAAAGCAAAUGGGAGGAUGUGCUCGCUCCUCUAGCUUCUGGGGGUUUUGGUAGUAAGAUUAUGGUAACAACUCGAACGGACUCAGUUGCACUGAUGUUUGCAAUGGUAAUUGAAGAGGAGGAAAUAGUUAAAUUAGAGGGCCUAGAGGAAGAUGAGUGUUUGCAACUCCUCAACUCUCAUGCAUUUGCUGGUGUAAAGAGCCCCCCUGAGCAUCAUAAAAAAUUAAGAGUCAUUGCUGCAGAGAGAGUUAAAAAGCUUUUAGGAUCUCCGUUGGCAACUAAAGUCAUUGGUGGUGUUCUGAAAGACAACUUGGAUGAAAGGCAUUGGAGGACAGUUCUAGAAAGCAAUUUAUUUGGUCAGAAUUCUAUCAAUGCCAUCUUAAGACGGAGCUAUAUAGUUCUGCCAAAUCAUCUACAAAAUUGUUUUGCAUUUUGUUGUAUGUUCCCACGAGAUCAUAAGUUUCAUAAAGAUGAUCUGGUCCGAAUGUGGAUUGCAUUGGGUUUCAUUCAGCCGUCUCAAGGGAUGACUAUGGAGGAUAUCGGAGGAAGCUAUUUUGAUGUUUUAAUCAAAAAAACUUUAUUUGACAAGGUCGGAGAUGACUACGAGAUGCAUAAUUUAAUACAUGUGUCAGCAUCUAAUUUUUUUGCACUGGAAUGCAGUAAACUUGUGGAUGAUGAAGAAUCGUCUCUCAAAAUUUCUGAGACUAUUCGACACUUGUCUGUUCAAAAUUGUCCAGACAUCUUAAGAAAGAUUGAGAAGUUUAAACAUUUGCAUUCUCUUUUCUUGUUCUAUGAAGAUUAUAAUAAGGAUCUUUGCAAAGCACUUAUUCAAAUAUUCAAAGCAUCGAGAUGCCUGCGCUUAUUAUACAUAUGUACUAAAGAAUUGCAAAUGAUACCGGAGGAGAUUAGAUAUUUGAAACAUCUUCGAUAUUUGAAGAUCCAAAGUGUUGAUGCCCCUAGGCUACCAAGAUCUCUAAGUAAUCUCUAUCACUUGCAAUACAUAAUCUAUGAUGGGCCAGGGAGGCUUUGCCAAUUUAAAGGUGAUGAUUUUUUACCCAGUGACAUUCAUAACCUUUCUAACUUGCAUUACAUGAAAUUGCCCGAGAAUUAUAUUGCAUCAAUAUGUGGGAUUGGGAAGCUAAAGCUUCUUCAAGAACUAAAUACGUUUGAUGUUAGAGAUAUGAGUGGUUAUACAAUUGGGGAGCUGGAGAACAUGAAUGAUCUUUGCAAAUUAGAAAUCAAUUGCCUUGAAAAUGUUAAGGAUACCGAGGUGGCUUGUAGUGCCAAAUUAUGUGUCAAGAAGAGGCUCACAGAUUUAACCUUAUGUUGGAGUAACACUAAUUCAAGGAACAUCGAUUUAGAUGAGAACGUGCUCGACAACCUUCAGCCACCAAAAUGUCUAAGGAAUCUGAGCAUUAAGAGAUACAUGAGUGCAAGAUCUGCAAGAUGGAUGAACAAUGUCAAUCCGAUCUUGAAUCUAGAGAAAAUCGAAUUGACAGAUUGCAUGGAGUGGGAAAUUCUUCCACCUUUUGGACAACUUCCCUAUCUCAAGUCACUUAUACUUGAUAACAUGCCGAAAGUAAAAUGGCUCCAAAGUAAAUUUAAUGGGAAUAAUACAUACCGUGCCUUUCCAUUGCUAGAGGAGUUAUAUAUUGGAGGAUUAGAAACAUUAGAGGAUUGGUUUGAUGCAGGAGUAGCUGCUGAAGAUGAAUGUUUGUUUCCUUGCUUAAUUCAACUAUCCAUUUAUGAUGCUCCUAUGCUUCGGGAAUUACCGAAGCUUCCUCCCUCUUUGAAAUGUCUAGAAAUUUGGGGGAGAUGUCAUCCAGAGUUGAAGGAGCGCUAUCGAGAGGAUGGAGGCUCCGAUCGGCACAAUAUUGCUCACAUUCCUCAAAUCGAUAUUCGUCCCCCAUAGGCAAACUUUUUUCUUCUUAUCUUAUUUGUUUGAUAUAUAUGAAAUGUAAAUAAUGCACUGUCAUCAUUAACCAAUAGAUUUACUCAAUUUGAUUUA